UACUCCCACACACAACCAACCACAUGGCAUAUUUUCUAGCAACAACGCUCUUUAUAUUUACGAUUAGUUAUACGCACAGUUAUAUUUAGCUUCCUUUCUGAGUUAAUAUCUAGUAGUUGUGCAGAUCGUGACUAUGAAAAUGUUUAACCAGCGAGUUGCAUAGGUACGAAGCGUCGAGAAAGAGUUUCCGGAACCCGAAUGGAUUUCCAAUACAAAUUUCGACCAGCGAAAGUCAUCUUGACCUCCUCUCUCCAUUCGGAAAGAACAAACAAGUCCUUGUCUACGCAAAAGUAUAUUUUUUUUACAAACUUGCAUAAUUGCAUAAUUAACAUACGAGGUUACAAAAAUUGGUGGCCAUGUUACAACACCUUCUCUUCCUCCGUCCUUCCAUAGAAGGGGUGUCACUCACGACGGAAAAUAUCAUCUUUAAACUCGUCUAUGCCGUGUCGUGCCCACUCUUCCUGGCGUUUGGAGUCAUUUUUUACACCCGAGUUUGCUUCACUGACGCCAUCAACUGCGUUCUCAAUUCUUCCGAGAGUUUCAAAGUGUUGAAAGCAAUUGACUCGUACUGUUUGGAAAAUUCAUACAUCACUCGAGACAGCGACGACCAAAAUGACGAGUAUUCUUAUCAGAGAAACUAUCAGUACGUGGGUCUCUUCUUCGUCGUGUCAGGUGCACUGUGCUAUCUGCCCUACGUGCUGUGGGAAUGGUUCGAAAACGGUCUCCUGAAAAGUCUGCUCCAAGACCUCGCCUCCAUCACGUUGGUCGAGGAGGACAAAUUUGCAAGUCAAAUUACAAAGCUGACGACAAUUUGGAGACGAAACAGGGCAAUGUUGGAGACGUAUGCAUACGCCAACAUUCUCUGUGAAGCGUGCAACCUCUUUGCUCUUCUUGUGGUGUUUGCAUUAGGGGACAUAUUUUUGGACGGUCAUUUCUUCAAUAUCACUGAAGACGCAUUUCCUAAGACGGCCGAGUGUUCUUGGGACACGGGAAGCUCAUCGGGAAAAGGAGGUCACGUAUUUUACGUAGGGGUUUGCACCAUGAACAUGAACUACCUGAGUGAAAAACUCUUCUUUCUCGCAUGGUGGUGGCUCCUUUGCUGCAUUUCUUUGUCUAUCCUCAAUCUCACAUAUCGUUAUGUCCUCGUUAAAAAUGAAAACUUUCGGAUCGGAAUGCUCACCCAGGGUCACUGUCACUUUCUCGGCAACGUUACGAGAUGCUCUACACCUUCCACUUUAAGCAAACCAGAAGACGCGGAUGAGCUGGAUCAAUUACAAAAGAGUGUGCCAUACCUAAAGAAAAUUGGAUACGGGGAAUUGUUCAUGCUGAAAAGAAUUCAAUCAAAUGUUCCUCCCUAUACGUUUGGGGAAAUUUUAUUAGAGCUUGACAGGAGUAAUAAAUAACUAAACUCGAGUUGACUGAUAUGUUACACAAUCUUACACUGACGAUAACUAACUAUGCAUCACUAUUUAAUCACCCCAUUGGUGUGAAAUAAAUCUCAUAUCACAAAUCAGUAAA